AUGCCUGUGUUUCAAUCUAAAACAUUUCGACGAGCACCUACGGCAUCAUCAUCCUUCGGUGAACGGCUUGGUGCAUUCUACCGGGCGCGACUUGCUCGACACCCUUUUAUUCUCUUUGGACUCCCAUUUAUGGCGGUUAUUGUAGCUGGGUCUUUCGCAUUGACGCCUGCUGCUGCCUUGCGCUAUGAGCGCUAUGAUCGCAAAGUCAAACAGCUAAGUCAGGACGAAGCAUUUGACCUUGGACUCAAAGGUCCCGACGGAGAAGAGGGAAUCAAACGCAAUCCGCGGAGAAGGAUCCUAGGCGAUGAAAAAGAAGAGUACUACAGACUCAUGGCCAAAGACCUCGACCAAUGGGAGCAGAAACGAGUAGAGCGGUUCAAAGGUGAACCGGAUGGAAGACUGUAA